CAACGACGUCGUUGAUGGCUCAGUCGACUAUAAGGGUCCUCCAGUCUACCGAUCCCAAUCCGGUGGAUGGAAACCCGCUUCAUUUAUCAUAUGCGUUGAGAUGUCUGGGAGAUUUACGUAUUACUGGAUAAAUUCGGAUUUAAUAAAUUACCUGACCGGACACUUGGGCCAGUCCACUGCCACCGCCGCCGAGAAUGUCAACGCCUGGUUUGGAAUGGGGUCGCUUUUGCCCCUUUUGGGUGCCUUUCUUGCUGACUCGUUUCCGGGCUGAUAUCGUACUUUCAUUCUUGCUUCAUUGCUCUACAUUUUGAAGCAUUUCUUGUUCUACGGGUUCAUUGAUUUUCGCAAUCUUUCAGUUGUUUGGGCUUCACAAUAGAGAGGGCAAAGAUGACCUCUCCACUCUGUUACAGUUAUGGGUUAGAGAUUAAUAUUGUUUUCCUGUAAUUCAAAUCCAUUGUCUUGAAAUCUGCUUUUAAGACAUCAUUGAAUCAGGCAAACAGAUGGGCCAAACGUGGGCCAAUGCAGGGGCAUUGUUUGAAUUUCCUUCCUUUUUCUUGGUUUUGUUGGUCCGUGAUUCGUCAUUGAACCCUGUUUUGUCUUUUUGCAACUCAAUCUUACCAUUUUUAUCGACUCAUGCACCUGUGGAAAUCAAUUUUGGCAUUGCUAAUUGUGAUAAUUGAACAAACAUGGCUUUACAUAUCUGCUUCAAAGUCCUGUUUGAAAUGCCCCUCACCUGCUUAAUCAAAUCAUCUUUACACAUUUGUCUUUAGAACUUUCCAAUGACUGUAUAAACAAAGAUUAUCUUUUGGCUGUGAAGACGUAAAAGAGGGCUUGCAGGAGCUUUUUCUUUACCCUCGUCUUUGUUGACUACGUUAGGACGCCAUUGCUGACUGAGCUAUUAAAAGGCUGGCAGGAUUAGAAAUAUUGCAAGAAAAGCAAUCAUUUAUUAUAAUAUUACAAACAGCUUGACCGUUAAAUGCAUUAUUAUUAGUCUAUCACUGCUCCUAUAAAGAAGAAAAACUAAGCCUGGCACCCCAUUCCCCUAGAAGAUCAAAUGGAUAAAGAAGUGAAGCUUCAUGGCUUUUGGUCAAGCCCCUUUGUUUAUUGGGUGGUAUGGGCGCUGAAAUUGAAGGGCAUCGAGUAUGAUUACAUAGAAGAAGACCUGCCUAACAAGAGUGAAUUGCUGUUACGUUACAAUCCAGUUUACAAGAAAGUUCCCGUGCUGGUUCAUGCUGGAAAACCCAUUUCUGAGUCCCCUGUAAUCCUUGAAUAUAUUGAGGAGGUGUGGCCGCAUAACCCACUGCUGCCAAAAGAUCCCUAUGAGAGAUCUGUAGCUCGGUUUUGGAUAAAUUUUGCAACAGACAAGGUACGUAGUGCUCUGGUAUCCUUCUUCUGGGCAAGAGAAGAUGACAAGAAAGAGGCAGCAGAACAAAUGUUUGACUAUCUGAAAAUUAGCGAAGAGCAAGCUCUCGGCGACAAGAAGUUUUUUGGUGGCAACUCGAUCAAUAUGGUGGACUUGAUAUUUGCCUUGUUUACCUGUUGGAUUCAAACCAUGCAACAGGUGGUGGGGAUCAAGGUUUUGGAACCGAGUCGUUUACCACGCUUGCAUGCAUGGGUCAACAAUUUCAAGGAAGAGCCCAUCAUCAAAGAAAAUCUUCCUGACACUGAGAGAAUGUUGGAGCAUUAUACGAGGAUAAGGUCAAAUCCUAAUUAGUAUCACGGGAUGGUAUCCUUAUUAGCUGGUGGGGAUAUUGAACUUCUUCCAACAUUACUAAAAUUUACCGAUAUGUCUAUUGAAAUUUCACUUAGAAAAAUUAGUCUAUGUGGUUCACAGAGUUACUUUGUAAGAAUAAAGUGUUUUCCACGUCUUCAGGUUGCAGAAUUUAGAAGUCUUGGAUUCAAAUCCCCGUCUUGUUCUCUACUUUUUAAAUCCUACCCUGCAAGAAAAAAAAAUU